UGCGGAGCGGCCCUGAGGACAGACGUUGGGCAGGGGGGAGGGGCCGGCCCAGCCGGCGGUUGUUACUCGAGCGCCGCGGCUACAGGCCCCCCGCCGCAGGGAUGGACCGCCGAGGCGGUGGUCGGGGCGGCGGAGGCGGAGGCGGCCGGCCCGGGAGGAAAAACAUAUACCCUCAACUUCACCAGAUAUAAAGUGGAAAGUGCAGUGGUUCAUGAAGCAGCUGAACCAGCCACAACUUGCAUUAAAGGAAGAUAAGAUGCUCCACGUCAUUUGCAGCUUUCUUCAAAAGAAAAAUCACUAGUGCUCUGCUCUUGCCAUAAUACCAAACCUUUUGACUUAUGCUUUGGUGCUGCAACACUGGAAGAAUUGCACACAGGUUCCAGGAAUACCUUUUUUUUCAUCUGAGUGAUCCUUUGUGGAUGGAAAAGGAUUUGAGUCUUAAUAAUUGCCCUGUUUUAAAGCUAUUUCUCUAUAGUCUGAACUGCUUCAUAAAUUAGGCCACUUACCAAUGAGCCACACAGUCAGUUCUUGUCAGGAGCUGGUUGAAAACUGUGCUGUGCAUGUAGCAGGGAUGGCACAAGAAGACAGCCGUCGUGGUCAAGUGCCACCUACCUUUUAUCAUGGUGCCAACCAGGAGCUUGACCUGUCCACCAAAGUGUACAAAAGGGAAUCAGGAAGUCCUUAUUCUGUGUUAGUGGACACCAAGAUGAGCAAACCACAUCUCCAUGAAACAGAGGAGCAGCCGUAUUUCAGGGAGACAAGAGCAGUGUCUGACGUGCAUGCUGUGAAAGAAGACCGGGAGAAUUCUGAUGACACAGAAGAGGAGGAGGAGGAGGAAGUCUCCUACAAAAGGGAGCAGAUCAUAGUGGAGGUAAACCUUAAUAAUCAAACAUUAAAUGUAUCUAAAGGGGAAAAGGGUGUCUCUUCUCAGUCCAAAGAGACUCCUGUUCUUAAGACAAGCAGUGAGGAGGAAGAGGAAGAGAGUGAGGAAGAGGCCACGGAUGACAGUAAUGACUAUGGAGAAAACGAAAGGCAGAAGAAAAAGGAGAAGAUAGUGGAGAAGGUCAGCGUUACACAAAGGAGAACGAGGAGAGCUGCCUCUGUUGCCGCAGCUGCCACUUCCCCUACUCCCAGAGCUACAAGAGGUCGUAGGAAGAGUGUAGAGCCACCUAAGCGUAAGAAGCGGGCCGCAAAGGAGCCCAAAGCGCCAGUCCAGAAAGCUAAGUGUGAAGAGAAAGAGACUCUGACCUGUGAGAAGUGCCCCAGGGUGUUUAAUACUCGCUGGUACCUGGAGAAGCACAUGAACGUUACUCAUAGGCGCAUGCAGAUUUGUGAUAAGUGUGGCAAGAAGUUUGUCCUGGAAAGUGAGCUGUCCCUUCACCAGCAAACAGACUGUGAAAAAAAUAUUCAGUGUGUUUCCUGUAAUAAAUCAUUCAAGAAACUCUGGUCCCUUCACGAACAUAUCAAGAUCGUCCAUGGAUAUGCAGAAAAGAAAUUUUCCUGUGAAAUUUGUGAGAAGAAAUUCUAUACCAUGGCUCACGUACGGAAACACAUGGUUGCACACACGAAAGACAUGCCAUUUACCUGUGAAACCUGUGGAAAGUCAUUCAAACGCAGUAUGUCACUCAAGGUGCACUCCUUGCAGCACUCUGGAGAGAAGCCCUUCAGAUGCGAGAACUGUGACGAAAGGUUUCAGUACAAGUACCAGCUACGCUCCCACAUGAGCAUCCACAUUGGGCACAAACAGUUCAUGUGCCAGUGGUGUGGCAAGGAUUUCAACAUGAAGCAGUACUUCGACGAACACAUGAAAACACACACUGGAGAGAAACCCUUUAUCUGUGAAAUCUGUGGCAAAAGCUUCACCAGCCGCCCCAACAUGAAGAGGCACCGCAGAACUCAUACAGGCGAGAAGCCCUAUCCGUGUGAUGUGUGCGGCCAGCGGUUCCGCUUCUCCAACAUGCUUAAGGCCCACAAGGAGAAGUGCUUUCGGGUGACCAGCCCCGUGAACGUGCCGCCUGCUGUCCAGAUCCCACUCACAACCUCCCCGGCCACCCCAGUUCCUUCUGUGGGGAGCACCCCCACGACCCCCGCCCCUCCCAUCAGCAUGAACCCCGUCAGCACGCUAACCCCUCGGCCCAUGCCCCACCCCUUCUCGCACCUUCACAUCCACGCACACCCUCACCACCCACACCACCUUCCUAUCCCCCCAGUCCCUCACCUCCCCCCACCUCCAGCUCUCUUUAAGAGUGAGCCUUUAAAUAACAGGGGCCAGGGUGAGGACACCUUUCUGCGGCACCUGGCAGAGAAGAACAGUUCAGCCCAGCAUCACUAACAUCCAUCUCCUUAAACGUGUUCUCCGCGAGUUCCGUGCCCCGGUGUGAGUUUGCAGAGUGGGGGUUGGUGAGCGUUUCUGUAGCUGUCAGACUCUCCUCAGCCUCCACCCAGAGCUUUGUCAUUGUCUUGGUGAAUCGGCACAUCCGAGGGAGUGGACGAGAAGACCCUGAGCUCACGGAGGGAACUGUCGAACCAGGGAACCACCGAACUAAAGCCCAAUUUGCUUGCAUUUUCUGGUGACUUUUAUAAAUUUCAAAUACUCAGACUUGUGGAAUUUUAUAAUUUCAUAUCAGCUGAUGAGGUAUGCUUGCUUUUAUAUCCUGGACUUCUCCUCAAAGAGGGGACAGGCCUGGUUUCCUUUGUACUAAUCGGGAAGGCUGUGACAUUAAUCCAGAGCAUUAAUUGUAUCACUGUGUAUCGUAACAUUCUUUUCAGCUUUCGGUGCUGGCUUCGGAGUCGAGCUAGCCAUGUUUCACAGUAUAUCAAGCAUUAUAGAGAAAGACAGAAAUUUUCUUCUUUGUGUAGCUCUCCUAAUGCACUCUUUAUUUUACUACAGAAAUUAUUUUAGAGUUUUUGUAUAGACUUCUUUAGUAGUCUGUUUCUAAAAUGAAAUGUAUUUCAAUAAGCAGUGUAAUUUUUUCAGUGUAGCUGGACCUAUGUUGUAAAAUAGAAAAAAUUUUUAUAAUCAUCAAAAUGUGAUUCUUAAAGAUGCAUAUAACUUCUAUAGUUCAAAGUUAUUCUUACAUCCGUACAACUCAAAGGUGCUUCAGAGACUAGAUGUAUCUGAAAGGGUCUCCAGACCAGGUUACUGCGAAAAUGAGGUUUUGCUUUCGGAAUCUGGCAUAAGUCCUUGGUAGUUUUUUAAUCUCUGCUUAACACUCGGGGGCCUGUUAGGCUCACGGACAUGCUGUGUCCUCUAUGUUUCGUUCGGUUCAGUUAGUACGUUGAAUGGAAUGAUUUGCAGAGGGCUGAGCCUUUUCCAGGAAGGUCACCUGAAGCUGGCCUGUUUUGAAAAUCUGAGUAAAGCUGCUCGCCGUCAAGAGGAGGAGGUGGCGGAGGCUGUUUCCUCUCAGUCACGUCUCGCUUCCCCCAGAAAUGUGUUCAGGUUCAGCCUCUGUGGGACGACCAACUGAAGUCUCCUAAUACACUGCUCACUUUAAGGUUGCUUUAUUUUUCUAAUUGUCACAAAAAGAUAAAAUAGUACACGAAAAUCACAAACAUGAUGUUGCCUGAUAGCGGCUGAGAAAUUUGGAUAAGAACACAAAUUGGUUAUGACUUUUAAAAUGUCUCUUCUAUCCAUGGAUGUAGUCACAACUUCGAGCUAUUCUAACACAGUUUAAAUUGUGGUGAGAGGGAGAAAACGACGUUUUGCUGCCCUGUCCUCUGCAAGCGAUGAUGUGAUAGCGGCCUUCUUGGUGAUAAGGAGAGCCGCAAAUGGGGCAGGUUUGAAAGAGUUUGGGUAACUUCUAAAGAGCAUGGUCAGUCAGGAGCUCAUUAUAAGAAAGGCUGAACAGAAGGGCUGACGGAUUGGUUAUAUUUAACUGAUCACAUUUAUCCAGACUCAGUGUAGAUAAAAAUUUUGUAAUUUUUCAUCUCAGCGAACUGAGUUUCAAAGCGAGGUCUUUCUUUCUCCCUCUCUCUCUCUCUCUCUCUCUCCCCCUCAUUUUUUUAAUCUUGAAAUUUCUUCAUUUUUCUUUCCUCAAGGUUUUAAAUCUUUGCCUGAAUCAGAACCCUGACUUUUAUUUAUUUUUUUAUUUUUAAUAUUAAGUGUGCAGAUAGACUUACAGCACUUUUUCUGGCUGAUUAGCUCUGUGGUAGGAAAACUGGAACUCUUUCCAUUGAGGUUAAGUCCCUAUUUUUAAAAUAUCGCAUUCUCUGUUAGCUUUUUGGUUUAAUAUUUCCAGAUUUUUUCCUUCUGAUUACUGCCUUUGUCUUCUAUAAUGAGCAUAGGAGAAUUUGGGAAUGAGGUGGAAAAGUAUCUCAAGACAUACUUUUCCUGUUUCUGGAUUAACUUCUAAGGAAUGUGGUUUUAAAUAUUUGUAUACAUUCUUGGAACACUCAAGUACCCAAACCAAUAAGAAAAGUUAAUUCCUUAUUUAUGACUGUUAUAUCUUUAGUGGCUGCCUCCCCUUAUUCACACAGUCUCCUUGGCGUUCCAUGACAAGUUUGUGGAUAUACCAUGUGUGGUAUAUGUGUGGACAUACCAUUAUUUCAUGUCCAAGCUUGUAAUAUUAAAAUGAUGUUUAAGAUGUAAAUUACAGCUUAGUUAAUUGGUUAUACCUUAUUUUGUUCUAAAUAAAUUUACAAUAUUGGGCAGCAGUUCUGAAUUCUAGACUUGAGACCAUUGAAUCAACCAUUUUAUGAGGUGUACUAUAAUUACACACUGGAAAAUUCAGGUAGUCAUAUUUGAUUUUCCAUUCAAGUGAAUAUAGCCAUAAAAAAAUAUCUACUACAUAGGAAAACCAAUAUUAAGCAAAUAAUCACCACCACCCUUAACAGAAGCAAAGAAAGGAUUAUCUUUUUUUAAAAAUCAGCAUUGUCAAACAGUACAUUUCUUAGUGAAAUGUAUUGUGGAACAAUCUGGAAACUUCCAAUUUUUUUUCCCUAGAUAAGCAUACCCUCCCUGAUUUGGGGUUUGUGGUCUUCGGGAAAACUGCUCAGAAUAUAAUGACUCCUCACCAGUGUCAUAUUACAUAUGCCUAAUGAAAUGCAUUAAGAAUAUUCAUACCAUUAAUGCUUCUGAAUAGAAGAACUGAAGAAUUAAGCCUUAAACAUAUACGUGCAUCAGGUUUAACACGCUUAAGACUCAAACUCAGGGUUAAAAUUUUGAUUGGGGUCCUUUACUAAAAUAAAAGUUGCAUUUAUAUAUGGUGUGUUCCCUCCCACCUAUAGUACAGCACCCUGUGACUUAUUCAAAACUUAUUAACUACUUGUUAUCUGUUUAUGAAAAAAAGAACUGGGGAGGAGUUUGAGUUCUCAGCCCUUAUCUGUACUUAAAUUUUAAAGACAACAAAGGCCACAUUUCAGCAUUAUAUAGAUACCAAAUUGAGGCUGUUUCUCCUGACUUAAUUCUACUGUCUUCAAAGGCUUGUAUCAUUGCUAGAGUUAAGACUUACUUGAAAAUUCCCAGCUUGAGUUGCUAUUGCUUUUUAAAUUUUUUUUGCACUUUUCUAUUCUUUUCUCAUAGAUUUAUCAUUCAAAUAUGAACUCUUCCUUAGCCUGAAUGAAAGGCUGCUCGUUGCUUUCUCAAAUUGAGUGGGGCGGGCUCAUACUGAGUCAGACUUUACAUCUGAAUGAAGAAAAUAAGAUGAACGGUUUAAAAGCACGUGGCUUCCUUUCCGUGUAUAUUUGUGAUUUGAUCCUUGUUUUUAGCAAGCAGGGAAGUCUCCACAUAAAACUUUACUACAGUAGUUCAAAGUAACCUUUGCAAAUCAGUUAUGUAUACUUUUACAGUCUGCCGUUUUUCCAUUAACCGUUCUAAAUUAAUGACUGAGCGUGGAUAUUACCACAGUUGUACCAUCUUUUGUAAAACUACAUUGGUUGAAAGUACCUUUUCAUCGUGGUUAGAAUGCUCCCUAUAAUUUUUUUUUUUUUAA